UCUUCACUUCGGAAGUUGAUCAUGACGACAGCAAAGCUGCUGCAUCUCGUUGCUGCUGCAUUUUUAGUAAGUGUUGUUUUCCAUUCCAGGGAAAGUUCUGCGGAGCCUCUUUGCACGGUAAAGUUGAACGAUCGUAGCGCCGGAUUUGGAAUAUUGAACCACACAUUCAACGAGGUGCCUUUUUGUGCUUUUUUGGGUGUCCGAUAUGCGGAACCACCGGUGGGAGCUUUGCGAUUCAAGGAUGCAGUAUUAUUUCAACCAAGUUUGGAUCAGAACUACACUUCUCUCGGAUCGAUAUGUCCCCAGGAAGAUAAUUAUCGAGAGCCCAAAGACGUUUUGGGAGAUGAAGAUUGUCUUGUUAUGAAUAUUUACUCUCCCAUGUCACCAAACAGCAUUGGAAGCACCAAUAACAAGUAUCACGUAAUAGUAUUCAUUCACGGAGGAUCAUUCAUGACAGGUUCUUCUUCUGCAAACGUUGGUUAUGGUGUUGAUUUGCUUAUUGAACAGGGUCUCCUAAUAGUGAGCAUAAACUAUCGUCUCUCUGCACUUGGAUUUUUGUAUUACCCGGAGUUCAAUGUAAAAGGAAAUUUCGGUCUCAAGGAUCAAACGACAGCUUUGCGGUGGAUUCAGAUGCAUAUUCAUGCUUUCGGAGGAGAUCCUCAAAGGGUUACCCUGAUGGGUCAGAGUGCUGGUUCAGCAUCCGUGUCCUAUCACCUGUACAUGGAGGCAUCACGUGGUCUCUUCCAUGGUGUCAUCUUGCUUAGUGGCUCGAUGCUUAGCCCAUGGGCAUUUCUGUAUGGUCAAUCUUACUUCACAGAUAAUCUCAUAAAAAAACUGAACAUUUCAUCUCUAAGGGAUCUUCAAAAUGUUGAUGUCAAAAGCUUUUUUAUGCAUGAUUUCAACGUUUUUGAAUCUUUCAGUAUGUAUCAUCCAAGCUUUAUACCCACGUUUGAUACUUCAACACAAACGAAAAAUUUCUUAAAAGCAUUACCCCGUGAGCUAAUUCUCGAAACCCCUUUUAACGAAGUCCCCGUCAUGGUUGGUCAAACUUCUACCGAAUUCGAGCUGGUGUUGGUAUAUGCCAAUGACAUUCAAAUGGGUUUCAAUUACCCCAACAGCAAAAAUAUGUCCCUUCAUGAGAUGAUCCGUGUCUUAAUCUACAACAAAAACGAAUCCUCUCGGGAUCCGUUUUUCUUUCGAAAGUUGGCCAAUAUGGCCAAUAUUUACUACCCAAUCAAACAACUUACCAAAGCAUUGGCCAAAAACCUGAACAAAGCUCCCGUUUUCUCCUACCGAUUCGAGUUCGAUGGAAAGUUUGGGUUCUACAAGAACCAGCACUUCAAGGAUCGAGACUUCGAAAAACGUUACGGAGCUGUUCAUGGGGAUGAUUUGGGUUAUAUUUUUUCUCCUUACAAUGUUCAAGAAGCCUUGGCUAAUCCAGAAAAUUAUGAACGAGAAUGGAAAAUGCACAGGAAGAUGGUUGGAAUGGUUUCAAACUUCGUAAAAUAUGGGGAGCCAACUCCACCUAACAUCGCUGAGCAAUAUGAAGUCAUCUGGCCACCAUACAUCGGAAGUUCGACUGACGCAAAGUAUUUAAACUUUGAUGAUACGAUCGAGGUUAGAGACGAUGCAGAUCAAAUUUCGGAGCUUUAUCAGUUUUGGAACAUGAUCUAUCGGUGUCUUUUUUACUACGAGUGUGAAGAGGUAGACGCCAGCUACCAGGAGCUAUUCAACAAAACGGGCCAGUUCAUCAAAAAUGCUGCCACAAACUGGUACGACCAACAGAAAACAAACAAAUUGCAAGUGUCGAAAACACCGAGCAGCCACCUGACUCCAUUCGAUAUUUGUGAAUGGAAAAUUGCAACCGAAAGCUCCCAUACAUCUGAUCCUUCUUACUGGUACGGACUGGCUAGCUGGAAAGCGUUUGUUGCGGUUAACCAAAACCUGCCAGAACCACCUUCGAUCCAGAGUCAUAUCCCAUGUGCCAAAAAACGGGUUUUGGUGAUCUCGGCCAUAUGCAUAGUGUGGGCUACCCCAACGACGUCAACACCUGCGUUCCAUGAUUGCGGACGAAGAUUGAUAACGGAUCUGGCAUUAGUUUGCUCAUCUGCCCUGAUAGAAAUGGACGCAUUUAUUCUCGUAAUCUUAUGCGCUUUCCUGGCUAACGAUAGAACUUUAGCGUUCAGCGUUUGUAAGGUUUUCUUCAAUGAAGCUGUUUCCAGUACUGGGACUUACGAUGUAACCUUCAAUGAUACUCCUUUUUGUAAAUACCUCGGCUUUCGGUACGCUCAACCUCCUGUUGGAGAAAACCGAUUCCAGGAUCCUAUAGGACUACACCCAAGCGGACAUCAGGAUCACACUGUCUAUGGACCGAUUUGCCCUCAGAUAGAUGAUCACUACCCAUUGACUUGGGGUCAACCGACCGAUGAAGAUUGUUUGUUUCUGAACAUCUACACUCCGAGCAUCCCUAACCUGAACGGAACCAAGUUUCCUGUUCUCGUAUUCAUUCACGGAGGUGGCUUCAAUGUGGGAUCUUCGACAAGUGAUCUCCCUGGAGUGGAUGCAAUGAUCGAUUCAGGAAUCGUUGUAGUGACCAUGAAUUACCGUUUGUCAGUUCAAGGAUUCCUGUCGUACCCACCUUUCAAUGUUUCCGGAAAUUUUGGACUCAAAGAUCAACAGGUGGCACUGCAUUGGGUGAAUCAAUUCAUCGAAAACUAUGGUGGAGAUCCUACGAAAAUUACGCUCAUGGGCCAUAGUGCAGGAGCUGCAUCUGUCACAUAUCAUAUGUAUUCAACAGGUUCCAGAGGUCUCUUUCAGCAAGCCGUGGUAGAGGCAGGAUCGAUGCUUGCUCCUUGGGCAUUCCACUACUCAAAUAAUCUGUUUCACAACGAAUACGUACAUUCUUUAGGCGUUUCUUCCUUAAGGGAGCUUCAAAGUAUUAACUACCAGAAACUGUUCAACCGCAAAGCAACGCAACGCAGUAGAAAGUUUGCUCUUUUUAAUUUACCACAUUUUGUACCAGUCAUGGAGAAUGGCAUCAAUGGAAAUCAUUUUCUCUCCAGAACACCAGUUCAACUAGUUACAACCAAACCAAUUUCCGACGUUCCAUUGCUUAUUGGUCGCACUUCAAUGGAAUUCGGUUUAUACUUCCCGCCAGCACAGAAAUUCAAAAUGGGUGAAGUAUUUCCCAAUUUCAAUGAUAAAAAGCGGCUACAGUCCAUAGAAGACAAAAUCAACCAAGAAAUGAAACGUUCCAGCGACCCCAAAUUUUUAAGGAAAUUCGCAAAUCUUGCUUACAUGCACAGCCCUCUCGAUAUGUUUGGAGCAAUGUUGGCAUCCAGGGAAGAUCGCCGUUCUCCGAUGUAUAAAUUGAGAUUCGAGUUUGAUGGCAGAUUUGGUGCGUACAAAAAUAACUUCAAUAAGGUUUAUUUGGAUGACGAAAGCUAUGGAGCAGUUCAUGGCGAUGAGCUGGGAUACUUCUUUACGCCUUAUAAUAUGCAGGAAGCUUUGCGCAAUCGCACUCAGUUUGAAGACGAGUGGGCUGUUUAUGGAAGGAUGUCCCGGUACUUGGCGAAUUUUGUCAAACAUGGAAAUCCAACCCCUUCAACUAUUGCAAAUGAUUUGGAUUGGCCAAUGUAUAACGCUCGUGUUGCAAAUCGUCAGUACGUUAAUGUUGAUCUGGGUGAUUCUAUCAGAGAGGAAGACGAUGACGAUCCGAUGAAGCAGCUCUGGGAAAAAGUUUUCAGUUGUCUUUAUUUUUUUCAAUGUGAUUUACUUUAGCAAUCGCUCAUCUAGA